CCUGGUGUCGACAGAGAUGGAGCCCGGACGCCCUGGCCCUUCUGUGCUGCCCCUCGGGCCCCGGCCUAGGCGGCAGCCCGCCCUGUGGCCCGCCCUGGCCGCCCUGGCCCUCCUGAGCAGCGUCGCCGAGGGCGAGGCCCCCCUGGGCCCCGCGCCCCACAGCCCGGCGCCGCCCCGCGAAGGCCCCGCGCCCGCCCCGGCGCCCCCCGCCGGCCCCCUGCCGGGGGGCCGCGCGGCCCGUCCGUGCGGCGGAAGAGCCCGGCGGCCGCCGCCGCCGCCGCCCCCGCCGCCGCCCGCGCCCGCGCCCCCUCGCGGGGCCCGCGCGGCGCGCGCGGGGGGCCAGGGCGGCCGCGGGCGCCGCGGGAGCCGCGCGCGGGCGGCGGGGGCGCGGGGCUGCCGCCUGCGCUCGCAGCUGGUGCCGGUGCGCGCGCUCGGCCUGGGCCACCGCUCCGACGAGCUGGUGCGCUUCCGCUUCUGCAGCGGCUCCUGCCGCCGCGCGCGCUCCCCGCACGACCUCAGCCUGGCCCGCCUGCUGGGCGCCGGGGCCCUGCGGCCGCCCCCCGGCGCGCGGCCCGUCAGCCAGCCCUGCUGCCGCCCCACGCGCUACGAGGCCGUCUCGUUCAUGGACGUGAACAGCACCUGGAGGACCGUGGAGCGCCUCUCGGCCACCGCCUGCGGCUGCCUGGGCUGACGGCGGGCUCCGCGGCCGCGCGGC